AUGUCAGUGUCAUCUGCACAAGUUGUGGGAAAAUAUACAGCCGAACCUAAAAUGCGACCAUCACCAAUUGGGCAUUUCUUCUCGAGGAUCGGUUCAACAAGACGUCGCAGCAAGAGUCCGCGAGAUCCGUCGCUGUACUUGUCGGAUGACGCUAUCACUACCUAUCCCACUCAGCCUGCUUCUCCCGCUUCUCCUGUUAAAAAUGGUGCAAGCGUUAAAGACAACGAAUUGAAUACCGAAAAUGAAUUGCACAUUUCUCCGCCACCGAAACCAAAACGACAUUCAUCACCGUUUUUUCGUAUCAUUCAUCGGUUAUCAAUGAGCCGUAAAACUCGUGAAGCACCUUCCAUCACUCGUGAUGUUGAUAAUUAUUCACAGUCCUAUCAAAACGACUUCAACAGCAGCCAUGAAACUGUUUUCUCAACUUCAACUCUGCCAACAGCCUUCACUUCUGGAGAUGUACUUUCCAGGCCAACUGUAUCAGAAAAUGACCUGCGUCUUAUAACUCUUCGGAAAGACCAAGAAAUGGAAAGAAGUGUAACGGCAUUGUCUAUGAACACGAGUGGUAUUCACUCAGAAGAUAACUUUGAUGUAAUCACCCGUGUGCCAUCAUAUCUACGUAUUAGUUGUGCUCUGAAUGGUUAUCGCCGUCCAUAUCGUCAUAUCGACGAAUCUUGUCGACGACGAAACAUUGUGUCUCAGAAAUUACCGAUGAGCAUUGUUGAGACACGUAAAUUAGCUUUCAGUCAAAAUGAUGACAACGAUUAUCGAAAAAGUAUGACAUCGGAAGAAGUAACGAGUCGGAAUAAUUCACAAAUGGGAGAUGAUAUUUCAAGGACGUCAGCACCGGUACGGCAACUAGUCGAACAUUUUGAUCAUCUGCUUGAAAACAGUUCGAAUGAAGAGAUGAAGGGAGAAGCAGGAGGAAAUAUGGCAUUAUCGGAUCAAACGUAUACAGCGAAGCCUCUAAAUCAUCCUGCUGCACCACAAAAUUCUCUUGCUUCUUCCAAUCAAUUGUAUGAUGCGGCAUAUUGCCAUAGCAGCCCAAAACCAUGCAUUGCACAUCAAAUACAUCAAGCUCUACAAAAAACAUCAAUAGAGAGUGAACCACACAUUGCUAAUCAAUCAGAGAUAAGCAUUGGUAAUGGACAAUUAGCGAAUGAACAAGUAGCGGAAACAAUUAAAAAUGAAAAUGGCAUUAACUUCGUUUUGCCUGAUGGAGAAACAUAUCGCAGUCUGUUGAUGGAAGCCCGGGCGAACUUGCAGCUGCUUUGCAACCAAGCGAAAAAUGAUCUUUUAAAUCAACAAGAAAUGCCGGAGCAUGCUGCAGGAACGCUUAGAACUGCAAUUGGAAAAGCAGGUCUUCUGUUGGACAGAAAAAUGGCGAAAUUCGAAGAUCUUUUGAAAAACCAUUUGGAUCAAAAUUCAGAUGUGGGGCAGGUAAAUCUUAGCGAUCUUUCUGGUUACUGGGCAUUGAUUAGUAUUGAGCUGAAGGAACUAGAGGCUAACUUCCGUGAAAUCAAUUUUCUUCGUGAAAAUCACUGGGCGUUAUCAGAACCAGAAUCCCGUUCAGUAAGCACUGUCGGUGAUAAUCGUGGCGACAAUAUAAAGAAAAUACAGUCCCAUUUACCAGUUAUAAAUAGUGAAAAAAUAGCGUCCGAAGUUCAACGCCGACAAAUAGCUUUGGCUGCAGCGAAGCGACGUCAGAAGGAAUUAAAAAAAGCCGAAAAGGAACAACACGCUGAGCGUAACAAUGAUGGUGAAGUUCGUAUGGUUAUCUGA